CCAGCGCGGCGGGGCCUCGGGAAGCGGCGGCAACUCCCAUAUUGGAACUUGUCAGGAAAAGCCAUGGCCUCAGCCAGCAAGAUGAAGGAGGAAGCCAAGUGUGCCAUCUGCCUGUCCCUAAUGUCUGAGCCUAUGAGCAUCAGCUGUGGACACAGCUACUGCAAACUGUGCAUCAUCAGCUUCCUUGAGCAACAGGAAACGUUAAAUAUGGUCCCCUGUCCCCACUGCCGGGCUCCAUUUCAUUUGGCCAGCCUCCGGCCCAACAAGCAGCUGGGAAGUCUCAUUGACAUCAUCAAGGAGAUGGACCAUGAGAUGUUGUGUAAGGAACACGGAGAGCACCUCCACCUAUUCUGCGAAGACGAGAGCCAGCUCAUCUGCUGGCGCUGUGAGCGGUCACCGCAGCACAAAGGGCACCACACGGUUCUCAUCGAGGACGUAUGCCAAGACUACAAGGAAAAGCUUCAGAACGCUGUGACAAAUUUGAGGCAACUAGAAGAGGAAUGUAUGAAACUGAAGGUGUUCACAACAAAGCAAAUAAGCGAGUGGAAUGAGAAGAUAGAGAUUCAGAAACAAAAAAUCCAGUCUGACUUUAAGGAUCUUCAGAGAUUCCUACAAGAAGAGGAGAAGGCUUAUCUGUGGAGACUGAAGAAAGAGAAAGAGCAGACUCUAAAGAGACUGAGAGAUAACGAGGCCACUCUGGAACAGAAGAGCCAAGAACUCAAGAGUCACAUCCUGGAACUAGAGGAGAAAUGUCAGGGCUCAGCCCAGAAAUUGCUGCAGGAUGUGAAAGACACUUUGUACAGGAGUUGGGCUGUGACGUUGGAAACACCAGAGGCCCACUCUUUGGAGCUUGAUACUGUGUGCAGUGUUUCUGAGCUCUAUUUUGAUGUGAAGAAAAUGUUAAGGAGCUAUCAAGUCAAUGUGACUCUGGAUCCAGAUACAGCUCAUCAUGAGCUAAUUCUGUCUGAGGAUCGGAGACAAGUGACUCGUGGAUGCCUCCAGGAGAAUCUGGACAACUCUUCUAAGAGAUUUAAGAUCUUACCCUGUAUUCUGGGCUGUGAAGGCUUCACUUCAGGAAAACAUUACUUUGAAGUGGAUGUGGGAGAAGGAACUGGGUGGGACUUAGGAGUCUGUCUGGACAAUGUUCAGAGGGACGUUGGUCUGAUACAGAAGCCUCAGUCUGGAUUCUGGGUCAUUAGACUAUGCAAAAAGAAAGGCUACUUAGCACUUACCUUUCCCAUAACUUCCCUUUAUCUGAGGGAGAAGCCCCUGCUUGUGGGGAUUUUUCUGGACUGUGAUGUCGGAGUUGUAUCCUUUUACAACAUGACCACUGGAUCCCACAUCUUUACCUUCCCAAAGGCCUCCUUCUCUGAUACUGUCCGGCCCUAUUUCCGGGUUUAUCAACAUUCUCCUUUGUUCUUGCCUCCCCCAGACGAGUAAGGAAAGAAGUAAAAUCUCCUUCUUGGUUUAACUAGCAUAGAAAAUAUAAUGUCAGCCCUGUGAGGGCAGAAAUUUGGUCUGUUUUCUUCACUUCUUAUACUCAGAACAGUCCUGGGCUUUUAGUGACUACUUAAUACUUCUGCUUUGAAUGAAUGGAUAGAACAACGGCAGAAAUACCACAGAUGGUCAGCCUGAGCUGGGGAAAGCCAGAUAAUAGCAAUGAUCAUGCAUUGUCUUCCAAAUCCUACCCCCCCCCCCAGUGGAUUCAGAGCUUUGAUUUCCAAGAGUCUUUGGGUGACCUGCAGGGUGACCCAGAGGUCAGGAGGUCUGAGUUCUCCCAGUUUGUUUGAUGCCAUAGGAACUCAUGGGUGGGGGGUGGAGGCAAAGCUGCAAUGGUCUCUGCCAACUGCAAAAAAGAGCAGGAGAACCAACAUAGUGACUCUUCUAACCCCUGACAUUUGAUUAUUCAUCUGAGCCAUAGCCCUGGAUGAUGCAGUGAGUGCAGAUGCCUUCCAGACCUAGUGAGCUCUGCCUGGGCAAUAACACGUAAAGUAUGAAAGAAGAGUUAAAAUUGGCUUACAGUGAUAUGUUUCAAAUGGGAAGGAGAUUCAGAAUAAAAACAAAUUUUCUUGGGGGACUCAGUAGUGGAAAAGAAGUUGAUAUGUUCCAGACUGUGCUAAGCCAGCUAUCUUGAAAUAGCUAAAGAUCUCAGCAAAUAAUUACCACUGGCAUGAUUGUUGGCAGACUUUGUUAUGAUUCUUCUAUGAUCAAAGAGACCUUAGCUAUACCUGGGUCUAUUUUGAAGAGAACAUUCCAUGGCAAACCUAAAUUAUCAUGGCUGAGUUGACUAAUGGCAAGAUCAUAGUGAAGUCAGCCAAGCCACAAACAAUGUAAGUGAUGCAGGUGUGAUGCCUGGGGCUUUAGAAGCUGUCUGAGAUCCUAGGGAUCUCAGCUCCCUAAAGGGAGCUGGCAAAUUUGGGGAGGUGCCGUACCAGCCCUGGUCUCUGGAUUUCCUGGACUGUCUACAUGGGAGAGACAUGAACUUGCUUCAGCCACUAUCAUUUUGGGUUUUCUAGUCAAUGGAACUUAAUCUAAUCUACCAGGGCACAGUGAGUUGCUGUUCCUUUAAAAAAAAAAAAAAAGUAGCCAUAAAAUCAUCUACUCCUUACAUGUUUUGUUUCCAUGUAUUUAAUUGGAAUUCUGGAACUUUCUGAAUUUCAUUUGUAUGUAUGAGUUUGUUUAGAUUUUCAUUCCCCUUCAGUCAGGUCAUUCAAUUUCUUUUAAAAAGCAGUUUAUCGAAGUUUUCAAAUGUAUUUGCACAUAAUUCUUCAAAUUACUCUCAAAACUAUUAAUUCCUGUAUAUGCUCUUUCAGGUUUCCAUUUUAUUUCCUGUUUUCUUUUUUAAAAACCUUUAUUAGAGUAGCUAAUGCUUUGUUUAAUGUAGUAGCAUUUCUUCCCGUUAAGGAUGAGCAGAACUUAUUUUUUGUUCUCUAACUUGCCUGAACCCCAGUCAGUUUCUCAU